AUGUCGUCUGCCUUCAUGAAGAAAGUGACCUACAACCCCCGCUUCGACAUCUUGGCCGCCAAGUCCAGCCUUUGCGAGGUGCAGAUCAACGCCAGCAAGUCCUUGCACGUUGACUUCAGGUUUGUGCCGCCGUGCUUCUCUGCGGACCCAGCGAUCGGGGUUUUGGAUGCUGGGGUUCAGAAGCUAGCAGCCAAAGUCGCGGGCAAUGAAUCCAUGUGGGUGGCAAAGAAGGACUACCUGGCAAUGGGCGAUGGGAUAUUUUUCUUGUCUGUGCCCGAGCUUGCCGAGAUUCGCAGCUUGGAGGUCCCACUCAUUCAGCGCGCACUCAUGGAAGUGCCGGUUUUUCACGAGCGGAAGGUGGAAAUCAGGAAUUUUCUGGCCGUGACGUCCAUGGAUCCGCCUCGCAUAUAUGCAUGCAGGAAUGGCAUCUACAAGACUACAGGGCAUCCGCUUGUACCUCAAGAGGUGAUAACCUCUCUGCCUAUACUAAAUCGUUCUGCCACACUCGUGGCCAACGUCAAAACGCCCGGCAUGAAGAGGUACUUGGGCAAUCUCAACAAUCUGAAGCGCGAAUUUCUGGCACAGGGCCUGUCAACAUUCGAGGUCGAGACACAAAUCAUGGAGAAGAUCACGACAGCCUUCCUAGCGAUCGCCAACCACACAUCUUGCCAGAACGCGGAUCAGCCUUACAAAUGCGAAGGCCAUGUGGCCUUCGGUAUUACAGACAGCCUGGUCGACAUGGCGACGAAGGAGCCAUACUUGCUGGAGCUGAUGGUUGCACAGUCUGACUGGGUUUUUCGCGGCCAAUUCUACGGCCACCCAGACGCUGACAAAGUUGCACGUGCAGCGCUGCAGCCGCUCACGCGCAUUGCGCUGUCCUCUCUCCGCCCAGAGAUGGAGGACGCCCUGAGUCGGAUUCGUUGGCCGAAGGAGCAGCUCUCUCUGGCUGCCACCAAGGUGCUUGAGGAUGAACGAGCACACCCACCGCUGAAGGCGAUGCUCCUGGAAGCGGAGGCAGCCGAAGCCAGCCAGUGCUCUUGCAUUGUUUGCCAGGACCCUGACCGGUUUGUAAAGUUCUUCCCACGCGGCGCCGCGUCUGAGAGCUUCGGCCAUCCAUGGCUAGCGUAUUAUGAACUGCUGCACCUGUCAGCGGCUUCCAGUGUCAGAGGGCCUGGCACCAUCACCUCUAAGAGGCCAGAGCUGUUGCAGUCAUCUUGA